AUAUAUAUAUAUAUAUACACACACACACAUACAAUACAUAUAUAUAUACACACACACACAUAUAUCUCCUCUCCUUCUCCAUACUCAUUCCACAAACAAAUCCAAGCCAUGGGUCUCCCCUCGGCUCUCUUUUUCCUCCUCCUCGCCGUCUCCGCGGUGGCCUCGGUGACCGCUGUACGCGCGAGGAAGCUCCUCGAUUACGAGGAGGUGUUCGACCGCCAGGAGGCCGACCGCGUCGAGAGCCUGCCCGGCCAGCCGCUGGUGAGCUUUCGGCACUACGCGGGGUACAUCACCGUCAACGAGCCGCACGGCAGGGCGCUGUUCUACUGGUUCUUCGAGGCCGCGCGCGACGUCGAGAAGAAGCCCCUCGUGCUUUGGCUCAACGGAGGGCCUGGUUGUUCAUCAAUUGGAUAUGGAGAAACAGAAGAGCUUGGACCAUUUUUGAUGCAAAAGGGUGUUCCGGAAUUCAAAUUAAACAAACAAGCAUGGAAUCAAGAGGCCAAUUUGCUAUUCCUCGAAUCGCCAUUCGGCGUCGGAUAUUCGUACACGAAUACAUCCUCCGAUUUCAAAGUUCUCGGCGACGACUUAACCGCAAGUGACUCCUACAUAUUUCUCGUCAACUGGUUCAAGAGGUUCCCGCAAUACAAAGAUCACGAAUUCUACGUAACCGGCGAAAGUUACGCAGGACAUUAUGUGCCUCAACUUGCGGAGAAAAUAUACGACGCGAAUAAGAACUGCUCAAAGGACGAUUACAUAAACUUAGAGGGAAUCAUGGUAGGAAAUGCGGCUCUGGACGACGAAACGGAUCAGAAGGGGAUGGUCGACUACGCGUGGGAUCACGCGGUGAUCUCCGAUCAGUUGUACGACGACAUAAAGAAGAGCUGCGACUUCGCGUUGGAGGAUCCUGGGCAGCCGUGCAACGGGCUUAUGGAUCUGUUCUUUCACUCCUUCGACCCGAUAGAUAUGUACAGCUUGUACACUCCGGUGUGCACCGACGACGAAGGCACGUCGCGCCACCCCUCGAGGCUGAUCAGGAAGAUCGAAGACGGCAAGCUACAUUCGACAAAUAGACAGUUCUACAACAGGCUAGCAGGAUAUGAUCCUUGUGUUUCGGAUUAUUCGGAAAUAUUCUUCAAUAGACCAGAUGUUCAAGAAGCACUUCAUGCAAAUGUAACACAUAUUGGGUAUAAUUGGACCCACUGCAGUAAUGUGAUACAAACAUGGAGUGAUGCGCCGUCGUCGAUGCUGCCGACUCUUAAGAAGCUCAUCAAUGGAGGCAUCAGAGUUUGGGUCUUCAGCGGCGACACUGACGGAAGAAUUCCAGUCACUUCCACGCGAUAUACCUUGGAAAAGCUCGGCCUCAACACCGCCCAAAAAUGGGCACCAUGGUUUACAAAGUCGCAGGUCGGUGGAUGGUCGAUCAUCUACGACGGACUUAUGUUCGUGACGAUUCGCGGCGCAGGUCAUCAGGUCCCGACGUUCAAACCGGCGCAGGCGCUGCAGCUCCUCGCGCACUUCGUGGCGAACAAAACCUUGCCUUCACAACCAUUUUAGCAUAUUUACUAGUCCUUUAUUUUUCGAAAUAAAUGUCUCAGCUAGGUGCAUGAUGAUCAUUUUUAUGUUGAUAAUUUAGUUUUUUGCUAGGUUUAGGAAACAAGUAGGUUAAUUAGUUGAGUAGUAUUUUUCAUGUGACACUAUUCUUUAUAAAAUUAAUACUUUGGAAUUUCAUGUUAGUUCUACAUAUAAAAUCACCAUCCAAUAAUGACU